CUCUCUUCAUCAUUCAAACUCUUCGAGUCCACUCUUUCUCCUCUGCCUCUCAUUCCAACCUUGUUUUUUUUUUCUUUUGCCACUCCUUCGUAUGAUCGUCCUCAACUCUCAAGUCAUCACUCGCCAUUUCACUCUGUUUUUCAAUCCUCCUCCAGCAUCUAAUCACUAGUAAACUGAGAACUUGAGCUUAUAACAGAAGAUGGCAUCUGCUUUUAAAGGAAUGCUGAUCAGAUCUGCUCCUGAUAUCUGCACACAGACACUAUUUAACGUGAAUCACUUAGAUCAGAUUGGUUUUCUAAGGGACCAAACUCUACAUGGUUGUAGUCAAUGCAAAAGCAUGCAAGGGGUUCAAUAUCAGAACAGGAAACCUCCAUAUCAGCCUGCAAGCCCAUUGAGGCCCCAAGCUGUCAUGGCUCUGAUCUCAGACCCAAUUGCAACCACCAGAAAGCGAGUAUUCACUUUUGGUAAAGGAAGAAGUGAAGGAAACAGAAACAUGAAGUCAUUGUUGGGAGGUAAAGGAGCAAAUCUUGCAGAAAUGGCCAGCAUAGGCUUAUCUGUUCCACCUGGUUUGACCAUUUCGACAGAAGCAUGCCAAGAGUAUCAGGACAAUGGCAAGAGCAUUCUUGAAAGUUUGUGGGAGGAAAUCCUGAAGGGUUUGAGAGUGGUAGAGAAUGACAUGGGAGCUUACCUUGGAGACCCUUUAAAGCCUCUUCUACUUUCAGUUCGUUCUGGUGCUGCGAUUUCUAUGCCAGGGAUGAUGGACACUGUCCUCAACCUUGGACUUAAUGAUGAAGUGGUUCUAGGCCUGGCAGCAAAAAGUGGAGAACGGUUUGCCUAUGACUCAUUUAGGCGUUUCCUGGACAUGUUUGGUGGUGUAGUAAUGGGUAUCCCUCAUUCGUCAUUCGAGGAGAAAUUAGAAAAGUUGAAGCAAGCUAAAGGAGUUAAACUUGACUCUGAGCUAACUGCUUCUGAUCUGAAAGAGCUCGUAGAGCAGUACAAGAAUGUGUAUCUUGAAAGAAAAGGAGAGCAUUUCCCUGCUGAUCCAGAGAAACAACUUCAGCUAGCCAUUCAAGCAGUGUUUGAUUCCUGGGACAGUCCAAGAGCUGUUAAAUAUCGAAACAUCAACCAGAUUAAUGGGUUGAAAGGGACUGCAGUUAAUAUUCAGUCUAUGGUGUUUGGUAACAUGGGAAAUACUUCAGGGACAGGCGUUCUUUUUACUCGUAACCCAAGCACUGGUGAAAAUAAGCUUUAUGGAGAGUUUUUGGUUAAUGCUCAGGGAGAAGAUGUAGUAGCUGGCAUUAGAACACCACAAGACUUGGAUACGAUGAAGAACUGCAUGCCUGAAGCUUACAGAGAACUUGUGGAGAACUGUGAAAUUUUAGAACAACAUUACAAGGAUAUGAUGGAUAUUGAAUUCACUGUUCAAGAAAAUAGGCUGUGGAUGUUGCAAUGCCGAUCUGGUAAGCGAACUGGAAAAAGUGCAGUGAAGAUAGCUGUUGACAUGGUGAAUGAAGGAAUUGUUGAUACUCGUAUUGCCAUCAAGAUGGUAGAACCACAGCAUCUUGACCAACUUCUUCAUCCGCAGUUUGAAGACCCUUCUGCAUAUAAAGAAAAAGUGAUCACCUGUGGACUUCCAGCAUCUCCUGGAGCUGCUGUGGGGCAGAUUGUUUUCAAUUCUGAUGAUGCUGAAGCCUCUCACGCUCAAGGGAGGAGUGUCAUUCUGGUGAGGACUGAAACUAGCCCAGAGGAUAUAGGGGGCAUGCAUGCAGCUGCUGGAAUCUUGACUGCUAGGGGUGGAAUGACAUCUCAUGCUGCCGUCGUGGCGCGCGGCUGGGGGAAGUGUUGUAUUUCAGGAUGCUCUGAGAUCCAAGUGAAUGAAAAUAACAAGGUUCUUGUGGUUGGAAACAAAGUGAUAUCAGAAGGUGAAUGGCUUUCUCUUAAUGGAUCUACUGGUGAAGUGAUCCUAGGGAAAGAACCACUGUCUCCUCCUGCUCUGAGCAGAGAUCUGGAAGUCUUUAUGUCCUGGGCUGAUAGCAUACGGAAACUUAAGGUCAUGGCCAAUGCAGAUACACCAGAGGAUGCGUUAACAGCUAGAAAUAAUGGUGCCGAAGGGAUUGGAUUAUGCCGGACUGAGCACAUGUUCUUUGCUUCAGAUGAUAGGAUAAAGGCAGUGAGGAAGAUGAUAAUGGCAGUCACAACUCAGCAGAGGAAAACAGCUCUGGACCAGUUGUUACCUUAUCAGAGAUCUGACUUUGAGGGGAUCUUUCGGGCUAUGGAUGGGCUUCCAGUGACAAUCCGAUUGCUAGACCCUCCACUGCACGAGUUUCUUCCCGAAGGUGACUUGGAGGAAAUAGUUACUGAGCUAGCAUCAGAAACUGGCAUGACCGAAGAUGAAGUUCUCUCUAGGAUUGAAAAGUUAUCGGAAGUAAAUCCCAUGUUGGGUUUCAGGGGCUGCAGGUUGGGAAUAUCAUAUCCUGAACUAACUGAAAUGCAAGCGCGUGCGAUAUUCCAAGCUGCCGUGUCGAUGAACAACCAGGGUAUAACAGUUCUUCCUGAAAUUAUGGUUCCUCUAGUUGGAACGCCUCAGGAAUUAGGCCAUCAAGUUAGUUUAAUACGUAACGUUGCGGCAAAGGUAUUCUCUGAAAUGGGUUCCUCCUUAAAUUACAAAGUAGGCACUAUGAUUGAGAUCCCCAGGGCAGCUCUAGUUGCAGACGAGAUCGCAAAGGAAGCUGAAUUCUUCUCUUUUGGAACUAAUGAUCUGACACAAAUGACAUUCGGGUACAGUAGAGAUGAUGUAGGCAAGUUCCUCCCUAUAUAUUUGUCCAAGGGAAUUCUGCAAAGUGACCCCUUUGAGGUUCUCGACCAAAAAGGUGUUGGCCAGCUAAUCAAACAUGCAACCGAGAAAGGUCGUGCUGCAAGGCCUAGCUUGAAGGUGGGUAUAUGUGGCGAGCAUGGGGGAGAGCCCUCAUCUGUUGCAUUUUUCGCCGAGGCUGGGCUCGAUUAUGUUUCUUGUUCACCAUUCAGAGUUCCCAUUGCAAGACUAGCAGCCGCUCAAGUUGCUAUUUGAAGAUUGUACAGAUGAUACAUACAACACCAGAUAUUGUCAUAUUUAUUGUAAAUAAUUGUUGUUGUACAUCACAUAUACGACGGGACAAAUCAGUACAUUUCAAAGUUACAUCUGAAAUAUUUGAUCCUUAACAAGUGUCAGAGUUAAUGUAUAUAAAGCGUCUUGCAAUGCGCAAAUUGAUGUUUUAUGAA